AUGCAAGUGCAUCAUCAAGAACAAUCUUGUUUCGAAUUCGGCGCCGAAUUUAUGAGUCCUGGAAGUCAGUUGGUCGGCCAACAAGUCGUCUCCUCGGCCGACCUUCACACGGCAAACUUGCUUGCGCCGUUCCACGUUGAUGAACACGCCGUUCUGCAGCCCCCUCUUCACGUUCAACAACACACUCCACAUUCGACGGCCGCCGCCGUUGCCGCGGCUUUAUUGGCCGCGAAUUGUUACGAGAGUGUGAUCCCGGGAAGGAAUGGGGUGGAGAAUGUGCCCGUAGAUAUUCAUGGAUAUGACCAUUCGAAUGGAUAUUAUAGCGGUGAGAAUCUUUGUUUCCGAAUAGUGAGCCGAAUCUUGAAUAAUCAGAUGAGUAAUAUAUGACAUGCUUAUGUUUCUUCAUUUCAACGUCAAAUUCCCUCUUUCGCAGACCUCGUUUUGUAUAACAAUAUAAGAUUUUUUCAAGAAAUGUCUUCUAAAUGCUGUCUUUUUUAGUCUCGGACCCCUGCACUAGUGUCCCCUUAUCCCAGCCGAAUGUUUUUUGCCAGCCAUUGACGAUAUCGACCUGUACUAACUCCUUGGAUCCCAUAAAUGAACCUUCAAUUGUGUUCCCGGAGAUAAAACAAGAAGAUAAAUCAUGGUCUUUAUGCGGAGAAUGCAUGGAGCCGAUCAAAGAGAGAUAUCUGCUGAAUGUAAACAGCCAAAACUACCACAAUCAUUGCCUGCGAUGUUCAAAUUGUACAACCAAGCUGGAGGAUAUGCCUAGUUGUUUUGUGAAACACGGGAGUAUCUUCUGCAAGCAAUGUUACGGGCAGUAAGUCGACUUUAUAUCAUAUUGUUCAUAAGGGUGACUGUUGGAGAUACGACCGACAAAAUUUAUGUAAAUUUGGCACAACCGCGCUUUGUAGGUCAUAUUUCAAUGGCAACAAUUUCUAGGUGGCGCUUUGCAAGAACCGCUGAAACUAAGAAACCCAAAGAUUUGUGCAAGCACAUAAAGGCGACUUUUUUCCUGAAAGCUUUUUAUUUCGGUUGGAAAAGUCAACUCUUGCUGACCGUUAUUUGUCGCGUGAUUACCUAUACCAGCUAUUCUAACUCUGCAAAGCCUUCAAUCCCCCACUUCUCUACCAACUUUCGUAAUGCUUUUGGUAUCUUAACCUUAGCUACAGUAAUCCAUUUGUCAUCAAAAACCAGUUGGCCAAGAAUUCUCAAAAAGAGCCACUAAUGAAGCGAUUUAGACUUCUUUUAAGUUUUUUUUGCCAAUUCUGAAUAGCGUCUAAUUCCCUGAGGGCAUUCCAACGAACGAUCGUUUUCAGAAAAUUCCAAACAAAAUGUGCUCACUGCGACCGCCAAAUCCAACCGACCGACUGGGUGCGUCGCGCCCGGAACUACGUCUUCCAUUUGGCCUGCUUUUCUUGUACUCAUUGCAAACGACAGCUAAGCACCGGGGAACAGUUCAGUUUGCAGGAGAACCGUUUACUGUGUAAACAACAUUAUUUGGAGCUGGUGCAAGGCGAGGAUUGUAAGUAUCUUUGCAUUACUACACUUCAAGCUUCAUAUCAUUUUGUGUUAAGGCAGUAUAAAUAUCUUUACUUCUUUUUUAGCCCAAUCAAAGCAAAAAACAAAACGAGUUCGCACAACCUUUGCCGAAGAACAGCUCGCAAUUCUAAAUGCUCACUUCCAAAUGGACUGCAACCCCGAUGGAGGAGAUCUGGAGCGAAUUGCCGCCCUGACUGGACUAUCCAAGAGAGUAACGCAAGUAUGGUUUCAAGUGAGUUUUAUUAACCGUAUCUACCUACUAUAACAUCGAAAAUUUAGAAGAAUGACACCCAAGUCCUUUUUUCAGAACUCCCGUGCUCGUCAAAAGAAGAGCAACGGCCCGCGAAAGAAGAUCACCGCAAACGGAUCAGUCCACGCGACAAGUUCAGCAAGCGGCCGAUCCAGUCGCGCAACAUCCCAUUCUAAUUUAUCUCCAGCACCGAAAACCCCAGAAGACCAACAGCAGUGA